AUGUUGCAGAAAACUCAACGUUCAACCAAAGUUGUUGAAUUUGCAAGGAGAAAAAUGCGAGAAUUCCGUAUUUUAACCACACUUCAAGGGACGAAUUUUCGUAAAGGUGUCAAACGCUUAUCAAAAACGAAAUACUUUAUUGAUCCAGAUAUUGAACAUGUUCUUGUCUUUCCUUCUGGUACAAAAUUUUUUGAUUAUGAUAUUUAUUUGAAACGACAUAUUUUACUUAUGGAUAAGGCUAGUUGUUUACCAUGUUUGGCAUUAUCUCCACCUCCGGGUAGUACUGUUCUUGAUGCCUGUGCUGCACCGGGUAAUAAAACAAUUUGUUUAGCUAAUUAUCUAAAAAAUAAUGGUAUUCUUUAUGCAAUUGAAAUGAAUAAACGUCGUUUUAAAGAACUUAACAUUAAUUUGAAAUCAGCUGGUGUUACUUGUGCACAUACAUUAAAUGGUGAUUUUUUAAAUGUUACAAUACCAUUUAAUGAAAUAGAUUAUGUUUUACUUGAUCCAUCUUGUUCUGGUUCGGGUAUUCGUAAUCGAAAUGAUGAUACAGAAAUUAUUGAUGAACAACGUUUAGAACGUCUUGCUACAUUACAAAUACGUAUGAUUACUUAUGUAUUAACAAAAUUUCCAAAAGUAAAACGUGUUACAUAUAGUACAUGUUCGAUACAUCAACAAGAAAAUGAACAAGUUGUUGAAACAAUUCUUGAUCAAUUUAGUGACACAUUUCAGCUUGUUGAUUUUCUACCUCAAUGGCCAAGUCGUGGACAAACAGAAAGGACACGAGCAUGUUUACGUGCUUCAACAGAUGAUACAUUAACAAAUGGAUUUUUUGUUGCUUGUUUUGAACGAAUAAUAAAAAUCGAUCCUUAA